CCAACAAUCAAAUACUUAACUUAGACCAAACCGACAACGCUUCACUUCUUCUCUUCAAUUUCCUCUUUCAUUUUCUCUUCUUCCUUUCUCUGCUUAGUACUCAACAUGUUGCAGUUACUCUACACUGCGAUUUUCGGCGAAAUGCUUUUGAUUUUAACCUUAGUUUUCAAAACCCCACUUAGAAAACUUGUGAUCGUUUCUUUGGAUCGAGUCAAACGAGGUCGUGGUCCAAUUGUUGUUACAACUGUUGGUGCUACAUUAGUUGUUGUUCUUUCUUCUAGUCUUUAUAGUAUGGCUAAGAUCCAACAACGUACUUUGGAAGCUGGUAUUCUUAACCCUACUGAUCAAGUUCUUAUGUCUAAACAUAUGCUUGAAGCUUCUUUAAUGGGUUUUGUGCUGUUCCUCUCUUUAAUGAUUGAUAGAUUGCACCAUUACAUAAGAGAGCUUCGAUUACUCAGGAAGACAAUGGAAGCAGUUAAGAAACAAACCCGAAGUUUUGAGGAUGGUAAAAAUGGCAACACAGAGGAGCAAAAAGCAUUGACCGAAGAAAUUACUACAUUGAAGUCUAAAGUUAAGAAGCUCGAAUCUGAAUGCGAGGCGAAAGGAAAUAAGGAAAAGACUUUGGAAACCGAAGUAGAGGCUCUUAAAAAGCAAUCUGAGGGAUUCCUUAUGGAAUACGAUCGCCUCUUAGAAGAUAAUCAGAAUCUUCGGAGUCAAUUGGAGGCCAUUAAUCGUUGAUCACAGCUCUUCGCUUCUUGGUAACAAAAAGAGUACAUGACGGAGGUUAAAAUGUCUAGAAAAAAAAACUGGUUUCUCUUUGUUUCAAAUGCUGUUUUAGUGUUACAUGCUUGCUUGAUGAGUACAGAGUUGUAAAUUUGAAGUUCUAAAAACAGCCAUGUUGAUUAAGUAAAAACUUAACUGUUAUUCAAGCAGCUAGCUCAUAUAUAUUAUUAUAAAGGAACAGAUUAGUUAUUGCCAUA